GGGAGGCCUCGUCGCAGUCUGUAGCUCCUGACAGGAGGUGGCAGCGAGGUGGCUGCUGGUCUCUUUUCUCGGGUAACAAGUGCUAGGAUGUGAGGCAGCAGCCUCAAGUUGUGUCAGAGGAGGAUUAGAUUGGAUGUCAGGACAAAUUUCUUCACAGAAGUGGUGGUGAGGCAUUGAACAGGCUGCCCAGGGAAUGGUGGGGUCCCUGUUCCUGGGGGUAUUUAAACCCAUCUCUUAAACGUGUCUCACACAUCUCUUAAACGUGUGGACGUGGCGCUUACGGACACGUUGUAGUGAUGGGGCUCGGCAGGGCAGGCUGGUGGUUGGGCUGGGUGAUCAUGAAGGUCUUUUCCAACCUAAACGAGCCUAUGAUUCUAGGUGCUCCAGUAAUAUCUUAAACAUUAUGCAAAUAACUUCAUUUCUGUAUUUCUGAACUAAGGGUGGUUUUUUUAGCAAGGCAGUUGUAUUUUAAUUUUGUUGUGUACCUCAAUGUUCUGAAAAAGGGAAGAAAAGCUGAAGUUUUCGUUCUGUUUUCAUUGCCUUUUCCCACUGGCUGCCUCUUUCUGAGCACAUCCAGUUUGGCGGUGGGGCAGGGGUUUCCUAGGUGGAGGUUGUCUCCCCGAGUUAGAGAACGGGGCACAUUUCCCCAGUAUCUCACAGUGUGCGCAUUACAGUAAAAUUAUAGCUCCUGAAAUCUGAAAAUGCAUGUAUGUGCGGUUAUGUAGCACAACAUAUCCAAUAAGAGCAGCAAUGAAAGGAUCACUAAAGACAAGAGGUGUCGUGUGGUGCAUAGAUAGCCAAACAACCUGUCUGCUCUUGCUGUUCAGAAGCCCAGUGGAGAAUGCAGGUUUCCUCUUUACCUGCACCUCCUCUGUCUUUAAGCACCUUGUGAAUUUCUUGUGGUUGUUGGAUCAAACUUGGAUCUAAGAGUAAAUCUGAAAGUGUUAAAAUGACGUUAUAUAGAGCUAACUCCUCGAGGGCUCAGAUGAGCAGAAUCCACAGCCUAAAGUUGCGUGCAGAGGUGGCAGUUGCUGCUGGAGUAGCACAGAAGCUGGCGGGAGGCUGACUGAUGUAUUCAGUAGCGUAAUGACGGGCUCUGGCUCAUUGUAUGGUUGCUACAAAUCACAGAAUGAAGAAAAUGUAGACCUACCUCAGACCUACAGUUCUUCCCUUUCAACAUCAGAGUACUCUGCACCUGCGGACCCUUCCCUUUUAUAUGCACCGUGGUCUGUGUAUGGAGAUGACAAUAAGCAGUCUGCCACUUCCCAGAUUAAUAUGAAGUCCAGAAUUCAGACUGAAAGGAAUGAUUAUGGCAGUGAAACAGAUUUAUAUGGUCUAGUGUCUAACAUCUUGGAAGAACAAGAUAAAUCGCAGCCAUAUUGUGCUGAGGGGAGUUGCUCUUCCAGCUUAAAGUCAGUAUGGCCCAUGAAUGCAAGCAGAAUCGCAGACCACCAUGACUUGUCAGAAACUAAAAGACCAGUUGUUGCAGCUGUCUCGCAACAGGGUUUUUAUAGUAGUGAAUCCGCAUCUGCUGCUGAAAAACAGUACUUGCAAGGUGGUAAUCUUGCAUCACAACAAAAAGUAGAUGAAUGUUAUCAUGGGUUUACUGGUAUAGACCUUGAAGAGCAAUGGUUAUACUCUCCUAAAAAUGAGCAUGUCAACUGUUGCAACAUGCAGACUAACGAGAAUAUUAAGACAACACCCAUAUAUCAGAACUAUCCAUAUAUAAAGAACACCUUUACACCUCAAGUUGGGUACUUAGAAGUAAUUAAAGACUCAGGAGCUGAUGCUUACUCCUACGGAAGAGAGAAGGUCUGUCCCAAAGGAGCAGAUAUGCAGUUGCACCAAAAGCGGGCAGAAACAUUUCUUCCACAGUUUCACAGAUACAACGAAAGUAUGGAUUAUAGUAGAUACACUGAGUACUGUCAUUCUAGUAAAGCAAAGCCUAACAAGAGCACCAAUUGUAGCCUCCAAGAAAAUAAGAAGUUAGUAAAUGGAACAACUGAGGCAUCAUUUCUGGACACAGAACCCUAUACUAAAUUAUUUCAAGUUAAAUCAGGUACUCAGAAAAAAAUAGAAGAUACAAUUCCAGAUCAGCAAAACUUUACAUUUCCCAAGGCUGCAGGACUUCUAUCAGAAAAACAAUUUUUCAAUGAGCCUUCAUUCUGCACUGAUCUGGGACAAAAAUUUGACUAUGGACUAAAAUCUCUUGCAGCUUGUCCAGGAAAUAGUGACUGUGCAAAUGGUGUAGAUAAGCAGCAGUUUUCCAGGUCUGAUCUUCAGAAUUCUGAAUACUGUAAAUCAAUUCCUUUACUACCAAACUCAGCAAACACUUCAGCAGGUACUAAUAUAAGGCCAACUUGGAUGAAUGUUCAAAGUAGAACUACUGCUUCUGUCCCAUUUCAGAGCCCAAGUCCUUCGGUGAAACUGAAUAAUCAUUUAUCUGCUUUUCCAAAAAAUUUCAGUCAUCCUAAUGAUUCUUUUCCGUUAUCAUCUUCAAACUUCCCUUUAAAUAGUAAUUUAUUUCAUAAGUACUGUCAAGAUAAUCCUUCGUUUUUUUCAAGUCUUGAUUUUGGUUAUAAUGCUUCAGAACGAGCUCAGUCUGCUUCUUAUGUGGAAGCACUGGUAAAGUCUGGAGAAGAGAAUCUCAUUGACUAUCUGAGUGACAAGAAAUUAAAGCAGCCAAAUGGAUUCUGUGAAAAUUACUCAGCUCCGCAGUUUGGGAUCAUUGAAAAUCUGAACAAACACUGUUUUCAGUUGAAGCCACAGAGUGGACAUUACGAUCUGGAAGGACAAAAACAUGCAGGCAGUUUGUUGCAGAACAUGUACCAAGGUUCAGUGGAGUCUCAGGGGCAGUUUAGUCUCAGGCAGGGAAGCGGAGACAGUAAUGCUAUCAACCAUGUGACUCGCCUACAGGCCUCCAGCUUUCCCAACAAUUGCAUGAUGGGUGACUUGAGACGUAAUCCGCAGCUUGGUUCAAGCGCAUUCCCCUUGAGAUCAGCUCGUCCAUUUGGCCAUUCAGUUGUCCCUCUGAUGGAGUCUUACGACUUGUUCUCCGGUGAUGAUUUAAACCACUUCUAUCCUUACUUUAAUGAUAUGACGUAUGGAGACAGCUCUUUUUCUGGUUUUGUACCAGCAUUUGGAUUUCAAAGGCAAGUUAAAACCCGUUGUGGGCCUGCCAGCGAGCUCCAUCUCAGACUAGAAGAGUGUUAUGAACAGUGGAGAGCUUUGGAAAAAGAAAGAAAGAAGACUGAAUCAGCUCUUGCUAAGAAUUACCCAGGGAAAAAAGUUUCCAGUACUAACAACACCCCAAUUCCAAGGCUGACAUCAAACCCAUCAAGAGUUGAUCGCUUAAUUGUGGAUCAGCUACGUGAACAAGCCAGAGUUGUGACUUUGCUGGGAAAAAUGGAGCGCCUUCGCAGUUCUCCUCUUCAUGCUAACAUUUCUACUGCUCUUGAUAAACAUCUGGAGGUAAUUCAUGUAGUGCAGUCACGUAGAAAAGAUGAAAUUGUAAAUGCUUCGAAUCGACAGAGGCAAGGAGCUCCCAGAUGCCAAGAUGACAGAGAUGUUUUUGCUCUUGCUCUGGCAAUUAAAGAGAUGAGUGUAGCAACACGUAAAGCACGUACAACUCUCUGGUGCGCGCUCCAGAUGACCCUACCGAAACCUUCAGCUGGACAACUAGUUAUGGAGGAAGCUCUGCGGGAGAUGGUACAAGCUGAAGAAAAAGUGCAUGAAAAUCUGAACGGCUGUGGCAUCCUAAAUCAGAGGGCUGAAAUAAGCAAGCACUAAUGAAGUAUCAGUUGCAUACAAAAGUAAACUUUGCAGUGUGUAUGUAUGAAGAGAUGAUACAUUAAAUCUUCCUAAUUAUUUCUAAAGUUCAAACUAAUAUUCAUAUUUAAAUCUCUGCCUUGAUGAGAAGUUGAAUUUUCUUAAGGGCUCUCAAGUUCUACUUAAACUGUCAACAUUACAGGCAGCGUCAGGAUGUUGUAAAGCCUGAUGAAUGUAAAAAUUGAUGAGUGUUAAUUUAAAAUAAUCAGAUUCACUAAACAACUAACAGCUAAGAUAUUAUUUAACUUUUACAGGUGAGCCCUGGUGUGAAACUCUUCCAUUAAGUUCAUAUAGUUUUGCUUUAGUAAGUAGGUUUUAAAAUAAUGAGUCUUAAAGACUGUAGUCUACUGUGGUGUCCAGCCAGUAUCAGACAAGAUUGUGAUGUAAAAAUGUUUUCCUUAUCAAACUAAUACCUGGAAACAGGAGGAAAAAUGCUAAAAGUACCCAAUAUUCAUGUAAAAUUAAAUAUUUAAAAUAUUAAUAUUUAUGAAUUUGAGAUUUUAGAAUCUAAGUUUGUGAAUGGAAAUGCACCAGGUUCUACUAAAUUAAUGAUGAUAAAAUUGCUGUUGUGAAACCAUGCAAUUUAGUGAAUGUGUUCAAAUCAUUCGGGCAUGCUCUUGGGGAAAAAAAAAAAGAACCUCUGUUUUAAAGUAUUUAAAUGUAAUCAAAAUAUGACAUGCACACAGUAUUAACCUCUAAAAAGCUGUCCGACAGCUGAAAUAAUGAGUGUUGUUUUUAAUACCUUCGCUUUAAACUUUGAAAAGAGGGUAUCACAAUGUUCUGAAAUCUGUUUUUUUUUUUUUUUAAAGUUACUCUUUCACUAGUUUGGUUUGUGAUUUGAUUGUCAUAUUUUAGAUAUCUUAGUUUACAUCUGUAUUUUUGACAGCUAUUAAUACUUGGUGUUUACGCAUCUUAUCUCAAUCUCUUUGUACGGAAUAUAAAUAACUUAUUCAUUGAUACAAAGUGUUGUUAUUAUGUGGCUCAGGAGAUAAGGGGUUUUAACACUUACAGCAUCGCGUUUAUAAUGUCUGGAUUAAAUUUAUUCAGCUAUGCUUGCCUAGAUACCCAGAUAUUUGAAAUGUCUGUGCUCUUCCUACUUCUAGAAAUCCUGAUACGUAAAAGGUGUAAUGACACCACAUAAAUUGUCAUUAGAUGAUGUGAGAAAGAAACUGAAUGAGAAUGCAGGAGAAAGUAGAGUAACCGUUUUGAUCACUGAUAUGACCAAAAGCACUGCCAGAGUGAUUUUAUUGGGGCAGGAGGACAAAGUACAUCUUGAUACCGCAAGUCACUGCAUUAAGAUUUGUUAAGUUUAACCUAGGACAUGUUGAUGUUAAAAACAGUACUGUACUGAAUGUAGUCUGUCUGGUAGGAAAUAAAUUAGCUUUUGUUGA